CAGUUUGUGUCACUAUCAGGAAAUAGACGUGCUUUCAAUUCACACAUUGUUAAUGAAGAUUGUUCGUUAGUCAAAUGAAACCAGUAACUAAAAUGGGUGCUGUAGUUCUGGUGCUAUUUACAAUCGGUGCCUUUAUCAGUCCAGUUAAAUCACUGGACAAUGGUCUCGCGCUCAAACCUACAAUGGGUUGGCUGCAUUGGGAGAGAUUCAUGUGCAAUGUCGACUGUGACACGGACCCCAAUAAUUGCAUCAGUGAGAAUCUCUACAUGCAGAUGGCAGAUGUGAUGGUGACGGAAGGCUGGAAGGAGGCUGGCUACGAGUAUGUCUGCAUCGAUGACUGUUGGCCCAGCCACCAACGUGACACCAAGGGACGCCUUCAGGCAGACCCGAAGCGGUUCCCCAGAGGCAUCAAGAAACUGGCCGACUAUGUUCAUUCCAAGGGUCUCAAGUUGGGGAUCUAUGCUGAUUUGGGAACCUUUACAUGUGGAGGCUUUCCAGGGAGCAUGGGAUACUACGACAUCGACGCUCAGACCUUUGCUGAUUGGGGUGUGGAUCUGCUCAAAUUUGAUGGGUGCUACAUGAAGUGGACUUUACUGGGAGAAGGUUACACAAACAUGUCAAUAGCACUGAACCAAACUGGGAGAAGUAUCCUGUACUCCUGUGAGUGGCCACUGUAUGAGUGGCCACACCAACAGCCAGACUAUGCUGCCAUACGGAAGGCCUGUAACCACUGGCGCAACUUUGCGGAUGUGUAUGACUCCUGGAACAGUGUGAAGACCAUCUUGGACUGGACUGCCGACCAUCAGGAUGUCAUUGUCCCAGCGGCUGGGCCUGGGGGCUGGAAUGACCCUGACAUGCUGGUGAUUGGAAACUUUGGCCUGAGUCACACCCAACAGGAGUCUCAGAUGGCAUUGUGGGCCAUCAUGGCCUCCCCUCUGCUGAUGUCCAAUGACCUGAGAGACAUCUGCCCCCGGUCCAAGCAGCUGCUGCAGAACACAAGGAUCAUCGCCAUCAGUCAGGACCCACUGGGCAGGCAGGGCUAUCGCACCGCCAAGGUGGACAGUUUCGAGGUGUGGGAAAGACACCUGUCUGGUGGCCGGUUGGCUCUGGCAGUGAUGAACAAGCAGGAGAUCGGUGGACCCCGAGGCUUCCCCCUCACCCUGGCCACGCUGCCUAGCUGGAAGAUCUGCCACCCCCAGUGUAAUGUCACCCAGGUCCUGCCCAGCUACAAGGAGCUGGGGGUCCAGACCCUCCUCAGUAAACUUGUGGUGGUGGUCAACCCUUCUGGCACAGCACUGCUGACUGUCACCCCCAUUUAAGUGUGACUUCAACACCCAAUGGCAAUUAUGGAAGGACAUGCCCAAUGUGAACAGUUCUUUAGUAUGGUGUAGCUAGCAGACAAGCAUAUGGGCCCGGUCCCUCACCCAGCACUGAUUGAAAUGCACAGGAUUUAUGAGCACUUUAAUUCACAGCAAGUUACGUUGCUUAUUAUGAUUAUUCUAGAUAGUGUGCUUAUUUGCCAAAGAACCAUGUAUAUGCUCACCUUUUGAAUAGGUUAUUUAGUUGGUGUGCUUCCCUUGAAUUAUUAGCAAUUUUUCAUUAUUUUAAGUGUGGAAUGUGUUAGUAAUUGUCCAUGUUUUGUAUGCUAAUUGAUCUGGUCACAAAAAUAUUGGCUGGAUGGCAGACACCUGAAUGUUCAGAUAUCAAUCAGUAGUACUGUAACAAUUUUUCCUGAUUUGAAAUAACUGUUACUUUGUGACAAUGUUUGGAAAUGUUCACAUUUAAUUAAAGUGGCAAUCUGGAAUUCAAACAAAACCAAAGCUAUCAACCUGCCACUUUUUUGGUAAGCUUCGGGAUGGGGCUGGAAAAACAUUACUUAUUAACUUAAAUUUACGGUAACAUUUCACAACCAGUGUUAUAACAUGGUCAUAACCAUGUCAAUGUCAUAACAGCUUACAUAACUUGCCAAACUGGGAUCAUAACAUUGUCAUGACCCAUAUUUACACCUGUUGUGACAUUGUCAUGGCUGGUUAUGACACUUAAGUGUCAUAACCCACAUUUACUCAAAUGUUUUUCCCUGCCAAGAAGUCCUUUGUAAUUCUUUAGUCACUUUCUUCAUAUUUUAGAAAACACUGACCCUGUGUCACUUUUCUUUGACUAAAAAAAAUGUUUUUUGAAAGUGUCUGACCAUAAUAUAUGCCCUUAUGUCAAGAGGGUGUCUUUGUCCUGCAUUCAUCCCAGUCAUCAGCAAGUGUUGGGGGUCGGUGCAUGUCUGACAAUGUGUGCGCAAUUGCAAUUUAAUUGUCAAUUUUAGAAAAUAAUAGUAUACAUACUAUUGACAAGUAGGCUAUAUGGUGUAAUGGAAUGUUUUGCCUUGUGUGGUAGGUGUCACAACCAGCCAUAAAAUAACUUAUGUGGUAGGUUUACACUUCUGUAGUUGUCUUAACCAGCCAUAAAAUAACUUCUGUGGUAGGUUUACACUUCUGUAGUUGUCUUAACCAGCCAUAAAAUAAUGCAAUGUAUCAAACUUAUGAUGCUGGGUGUCCACAAAUUUCCACAGGCAAGGACUGAUAUCAAAAUGAUGGUUUUAAAGCUUUCUUUACUCUACCCUAGUUAGCAUUGGCUGGCAAAACUGCCAACUUCAUACACAGGAAAAAUUUGUAUCCAUGUGUUCAUCUGACUCAUCUGGUUAAGUAAAACAAGGGCUUUAAUCCCAAAAUCUCACAGUACCCCUUUAACCUUAUUUUGGGUUCUUAUCACUUCAAUAUACGUACACACUAGAUAUGGGACCCCACCAUUUAAAAAUAUUUGAAGUUAUAGAAAUGCAUUUAUAUUACAUUUUUAAAUGUGAGCUAAAGUAUAAUUUGAUAUAAA